CGGGAUCAUUAAAGAUCAUGGAUAUAUAACAAUAAUAAAAUAAUCAUGUAGUUAAAUUCAUCAAAAACUAUUUAAUAUUGUUAUUUUGAUCUUACGCCGGGGUUAUCUUGUAUGAUUUGCGUUCGCUUCGCUAUUUAAGUUGGCAUUUGGCAGUUAGUAGCCAACCAACUAGGGGAAAAGUCUGCUGGCAUCCACAAUGGUGGCAGAACAGAUAUCGGGGACGAAAGUUGCAAGAUCGAUAGAGAAUGAGUUGCGUCAAGAAGUGUCUGAGUUGCGUGCGAAAUGGGCGGGCUUCGCGCCGCGGCUUGCCAUCGUGCAGGUGGGCGGGCGCGAGGACUCCAACGUCUACAUACGCAUGAAACUCAAGGCAGCUGAUAACAUCGGCAUCACUGCUGAACAUAUCCGUUUGCCAAAGGACAUCACUGAGGCUGAGCUGUUGGCGAGAAUCACAUACUUGAACGAGGCGCCCUCAGUGCACGGCAUCAUCGUGCAGAUGCCUCUGGACUCUGACUUCAACAUCGACUCUCACCGUGUCACGGACGCUGUCUCUCCCGACAAGGAUGUCGAUGGUUUAAACACAGUGAACGAAGGUCGCGUGGCAGUGGGUGACUUCAGCGGUUUCAUUCCGUGCACCCCCGCUGGCUGCGUGGAACUCAUCAAACGCGCAGGAGUCAGCAUCGCCGGUAAAAACGUGGUUGUUCUUGGCCGCAGUAGGAUAGUGGGCACGCCUGUUGCGGAGUUACUGAAAUGGGAACACGCUACUGUCACCGUCUGCCAUUCCAAGACCAAGAAUUUAAGUGAUAUUACAAAAACAGCUGACAUCUUGGUGGUGGCUAUCGGUCGGCCGGAGAUGGUCCGCGGUACUUGGAUCAAGCCUGGCGCUGUUGUCAUCGACUGCGGCAUCAAUCCCAUUGAAGAUCCAUCAAAGAAAAGCGGGCAACGAUUGGUGGGUGACGUGGCGUACGAAGAGGCGGUGCAGGUGGCGGCGGCGGUGACGCCGGUGCCGGGCGGCGUGGGACCCAUGACCGUGGCGAUGCUCAUGCGCAACACCGUACUGGCGGCGCGCCGGCAGCUCGACCGGCUGCUCAUGCCCAACUGGCCGCUGAAGCCGCUAAGAAUCGCUCCACUUACGCCGGUGCCCAGUGACAUCGCGAUAGCUCGCUCACAAAAACCCAAAGACAUCAGCGAGCUGGCGACUGAGAUAGGUCUGUGGCCUAAUGAAGUGUCCCAGUACGGACGCACCAAGGCCAAGAUAUCACUCUCUGUACUAGACAGGCUAAAGAACCAGCGCGGUGGAAAGUACAUAGUUGUCGCGGGUAUGACGCCUACUCCCCUGGGUGAAGGCAAGAGUACUACGCUGAUUGGGUUAGUGCAGGCGCUUACAGCGCACAGACAGCGCAACGCGUUCGCCUGCAUGAGGCAGCCGAGCCAGGGUCCCACAUUCGGAGUCAAGGGCGGUGCCGCUGGAGGCGGUUAUUCACAAGUCAUUCCUAUGGAAGAGUUCAAUCUCCACAUGACAGGCGACAUCCACGCAGUCACGGCUGCCAACAACCUCCUCGCCGCCCAAAUGGACGCGCGCAUAUUCCACGAGCUCACUCAAAAGGACGGGCCUUUGUAUGACCGCCUAGUGCCAAAGACCAAGGGAAUAAGGAAGUUCUCGCCGAUCCAGCUUAGAAGGCUACAGAAGCUGGGCAUCAACAAGACUGACCCGGAUUCACUUACGCCCGAAGAGAGAACCAAGUUCGCUAGACUUAAUAUUGACACUGCCAAGAUUAUGUGGAACAGAGUGGUGGACCUGAACGAUAGAUACCUGCGUAAGAUUACGAUUGGCCAGUCGCCUACUGAGAAAGGAUUCACUCGUGAGACGGCGUUUGACAUUUCCGUCGCUUCGGAAAUCAUGGCUAUUCUGGCUCUUGGUAACGAUGUGGACGACAUCAAGGAUCGCCUCGCUAACAUGGUUGUCGCUCUUGAUAAGGACGGCAACUCUGUUACCGCUGAUGACCUGGGCAUGACUGGCGCUCUGCUGGUGCUUUUGAAAGACGCGUUCGAGCCGACCCUGAUGCAGACUCUGGAAGGUACCCCAGUGCUCGUCCACACCGGACCCUUCGCCAACAUCGCUCACGGCUGCUCGUCAAUCCUCGCCGACAAGAUCGCCAUGAAACUUGCCGGCGAAAGCGGAUACGUCGCUACUGAGGCUGGUUUUGGUUCUGAUAUAGGCAUGGAGAAGUUCUUCGACAUCAAGUGUCGUGCGAGCGGGGACCGGCCGCACUGCGCGGUCAUUGUGGCCACGGUGCGGGCUCUGAAGAUGCACGGCGGAGGACCCACUGUCGCUCCAGGUCUACCUCUCAACGAUGUCUACGUACAGGAAAAUUUAGAGCUGUUGGGCAAAGGUCUAUGCAACUUGGGCAAACACAUUAGCAAUGGAAACAAAUUCGGCGUUCCUGUGGUGGUCGCCAUUAAUAGACACGGAAACGACACACAAGCCGAGUUGAACUUAGUAAAGGAGUUCGCGAUUCAAAAUGGCGCGUUCAGAGCAGUAUUGUGCGAUCACUGGGCGAAUGGAGGUCUUGGCGCUCUCGAUCUAGCCGACGCGGUCAUCGAUGCUUGCGACACGCCAUCCAAAUUCAACUACUUGUACCCGCUAAACCUAUCCAUUCAGGACAAGAUCAAGAAAAUUGCUACGGAAAUGUAUGGAGCCGACGAAAUUGAAUAUACAGAUGAAGUAUUGGAGAAGAUAAAGGUCUUUACGGGAAAGGGAUACGAUAAGUUACCGAUCUGCAUGGCCAAGACGUCUAACUCGCUCACUGGCGAUCCAGCCAUCAAGGGCGCGCCAACCGGCUUCACGCUGAAGAUUAAUGGCAUCUUCGUGUCCGUGGGCGCUGGCUUCGUGGUGCCCAUGGUCGGAGAGAUCUCCAAAAUGCCCGGACUCCCCACCAGACCCAGCAUAUACGAUAUAGAUCUGAACACCAAGACUGGCGAGAUUGAAGGACUUUUUUAAAUGAGGCUAAUGGUUAAAAGAUAAGCUCAAGAAUGUUUAUUGUACAAAUACACAAAUAAAUUGGGUUCAUACUGA